AUGCCUCAACACCACCCAACUCUGGAGGCAGAACCGUCGAGCAAUUGGGUGGAAACUUUCAAAUCUCGAGUAGGAGCAGACAGCCUUGAAACUAUCAAUGUUGAUGAGACUUUCCAAGCUGUCUCGUACACAAUUGAUUUCUACCAAAACGAUGUGUCAAUCGCUAUCUCUACAUACCCAUGCGCAACACAGGGACCCGUGCUGAGGAAUCUCGCAGCGGAUGAUAUUGCCAGUGGUAUUGCCGAUAUCCAAUUUGGUCAUAACGGCAAAAUUGACCGCUGGAAAAAAGACACGACAAUCCAAUGGGCUGCUUACCUCCAGGGAUAUCCGACACCUGACCUUGCUGUCUAUGCGGCCCGUAAACUGAACGAAGCUGCCAUGAAAUGGAACAGUCUUUCGCUGGGUGUGAAAUUCAAGUGGGUCAGCCGGCUGGAAGAUGCGGCUUUUGUGCUCGGCUAUGGUGGUGAUCAAGGUCCCACCUGCGCAAGGGCGUUCUUUCCGAAUUCUAAUGACAUCAACCCUAUCUAUGUCUACAAGAGAGCUUUUGAAGCAGGUCUUAUCAACAACAUGGAUGGUUUUUUCCUGCACGAAUUAGGCCACGUACUGGGAUUGCACCAUGAAUUCGCUCCAGAGAAUCCAACGCAUGAGGGCAGGACCCUGACAUUUGGCACUCGGAAUCCAAAAUCUGUGAUGGGCUACACUUACCCACCCCGAAUGCAGCCAUCAGAUGAAGUGAGCACAAAACUAUUCUAUGAGUUUGCUGGAACUUCAAUUGAAGGCUGGCCAAUUCAGGAUUGGACCCCAAAUAACUGA